CCCCACAACAACAUCCAAAGAACUGCAGGCCUCACUUGCCUCAGUUAAGGUCAGUGUUCAUGACUCCACCAUAUAUGGGCACAUAUAUGAUGUGAGGAAACGUUUUUUUAAAAAUCACAUGUACCCCUCCUUUGACAUAACCGAUGCCCCACCGAAACCAAAUCCAACACACAAGGGGUCCAGCUGCAACGGCUCCAGUACUUGCAGGAUCUUUGCUGAUAUAGCAUUUGUGUCCACAGGCCUUUGUGGAUGUAUCUGAUACACACUGCCACAUGCUAAGUCUUUACACUCGUCUUCCCGUUUCUAGGCAGUUCCUCCAGUCGCUGUUUUAUUUCUGGCUCAUAGUUAGAGAUCAGUUGAAAUAAUUCGAAGAAGUUGCCUCUGUUCAGUGCCUCUUCGAUCUUGUUUUGCACAGAAUAAAAAGAGCUCUAUUACAACUUUAAUGUGCCACAAACAACCUGUUGAUAGCUGCGUUGUUCAGCUGGUUGAUAAGUGGAUGAUGAUGACUGAUGGAUUUGCUUGUAUCCUUCAGUUCUGCCCGGCACUGGAGCAUGUGCCCUGCCGCCCUCGUGUUUCACACAAAAUUGGGAAAGAUUUGAAGCCAGUUUUUAUGAAGUAGCCACUUUGAGGAAAUGGCGACAUUAAUUGCCUUUCAAAGCACAGCAUCCCAUGAUGUGCCGUAGAGAGAAACACAAUGAAAGAAAAAAAGAGAUACUUGGUAGUGCAAAUAGUUUUAUCCAAAAUUAGGGAAAUUAUGGGUGCUUUUCUCCGCAGAUACACUUUCUUUAAAGCUGCACUAAUAUCUUUAUAUUAUCAAUGGACUACGACUAUAAAAUGACUAUGUGAAAUGUGAAAGGGGUCGCUCAUAGUGAUGAACCCAGAGAGAAUGAUCACCUGACGCUGCAGUUUGCAUUUUCACAUCUUUACGCUCAGUGUUUGGGUUUUACAGACCACAACUUGACUGUUUUGGUUCACUCUCACCGCCCUCAUCAGCACUGUCUCCACCAAGGUGAUAAUAUGUCACUGGCGUGUUUGCAGCUUGUUUCUGCUGCCCCCGAGUGGCCAGAAAAUCAGCUAAUGCAGGUUUUUAAGGAGUUGACAUUUUUUAAGGUCUACCAAAAAAUCUGCAAUUUGGCUUGCAAUUAAUUAUUCUUGAUUUAUGAAUGUAGCGCUUGUAGACAUAGAAGUUUGGCGGUAUCAUCUGUUAAAGACUUUUUAGCAUAAUAUUCCAAAAACAAGACAGCUGGUUCAUUACGUUAGGUCAGUUUAGAAACCAUGGAAGAUUAAACAAAGACAUUUCUGUAUAAGUAGACACAGUAGGGCCAUUUACAGAAUAAAUGGAUCAAAUAUGCUUCCUCUGGUCUUAUCUACAUCAAAAUCCCCUCCUUGAAAUCACUGCACCGCUUUUUGCCGCUCUCCAUCCAUCUGCGUGUCAGCCUGCAGUGCAACCGAGCUUUAUUUUCUACGGCUAUUUUUAUUAUUGUUGUCAUUGGUAAGCACCACACAUCUGCCUACCCAGGCCGGUUUCCCAUUGGUUAAACAGAUUGUCUGUCGCAGUACUUCCGUCCGUUUGGCCGCUUUUGAUUGGCUGAAGAUCCUCUUUUUUUUCCUCUUCUUCGCGGCGGUGGGUCGGAGCCGCUGUGUCCCCGGUCUGGCACGUUCCUAGCCAAAUUCUCCACGGUGUAAAAUUGGAUCCCCCCCCUUUUCACAAAACCAAAAAAUAUCCCCUCUUCAAUUCCCUGCAACUGCUUAUACGUUUCCGCUUAACACAUAUCUCCAAAUCUCAACCAGAUACCUCUGAAGAUGGCGGUGGUAAGCGGGAUGUCGGGGUCGGCUGUAGCCCGGCUGGAGGGCCGAGAAUUCGAGUAUCUGAUGAAGAAAAGGUCGGUGACCAUCGGCCGGAACUCCUCUCAGGGUUCGGUGGACGUCAGCAUGGGACACUCCAGCUUCAUCUCCCGGCGGCACCUCGAAAUAUUCACCGCGGGAGAAGAUGGCACUGGCACGGGAGAAUUCUAUCUCCGAUGCCUUGGAAAAAACGGGGUGUUUGUUGAUGGGGUGUUCCAGAGAAGAGGGGCUCCACCUCUCCAGCUUCCACGAAUGUGUUGUUUCCGGUUCCCCAGCACAAGUAUAAAGAUCACGUUCACAGCCCUGUCCAAUGACAAGAAGGAGCCAAGGAACGUGCCGGAAUCACCGGUCAAGCCAGUCCAACCCCAAAUUUCCCCACUGACCAUCAACAUUCCUGACAACAUCGCCCACCUCAUGAGCCCACUGCCUUCACCUACUGGCACCAUCAGUGCGGCAAAUUCCUGUCCAUCAAGUCCGCGGGGGGCGGGACUCUCUAGCUACAGGACAGGGCGUGUUCUGGCCUCUGACCUAAUAGGAGACAACUCCCAUUCAGAAAACGACAAAGAAGCCUCAGGUGAAGACAGCCCAAAGGAUGACUCCAAACCUCCGUAUUCAUAUGCACAACUAAUAGUCCAAGCUAUCACCAUGGCCCCGGAUAAACAGCUAACGCUGAAUGGAAUAUACACCCACAUCACCAAGAACUACCCCUACUACAGAACAGCUGAUAAAGGCUGGCAGAACUCGAUCCGCCACAACCUUUCCCUGAACCGGUACUUCAUCAAAGUGGCUCGCUCUCAGGAGGAGCCGGGCAAAGGCUCCUUCUGGAGGAUCGACCCCGCCUCGGAGGGCAAGCUGAUAGAACAAGCCUUCAGGAAGCGGAGGCCCAGGGGAGUGCCCUGCUUCAGGACCCCUGUGGGACCUCUUUCCUCCAGGAGCGCUCCAGCUUCUCCCAACCACACAGGAGCCCUGUCUGCCCACUCCAGUGGGGUCCAGACCCCAGACAGCCUGUCCAGAGAAGGGUCCCCAGUCCCCAUGGAGCCAGAGCCAACCCCGCCGCCAGCCCCCACCCAACCCACUACAGUCCAGCCCAAACUUGCUGUCAUCCAAGAGGCCCGCUUUGCACAGAACUCUCCUGGCUCCCCCCUCAACAACCAGCCAGUACUGAUCGCCGUGCAGCGCCAGAUGCCUCAAACAACCAUGAAGUCUGUGACUUACGCCAUGGCGACGCCAGCCAUAGUAACAACGUCAGUUAGCUCCGCCCCCGUCAUGCAGACGGUGCACGUUGUCCACCAGAUCCCAGCCGUCACCAUGGCAACUGUUACCGGACAGCCUACUGCUACAGUGAGCCCAGAAUCUCAGGAGAACGGAGGUGGAGAGCACCAAGAGAUCAAAGUCAAAGUGGAGCCGGUCCCAUCCAUCACAGCCUCGUCUAUAGGUGGAGUCAGUCGCAUCAUCCAGAGCUCUCAGGCUGCUCCUCUGACAACAGUUACCAUUGUGCAACAAGCCCCACUCGGUCAGCACCAGCUCCCAAUAAAGGCCAUCACACAAAACGGGACCCAUCUGGUCCCCAUCGGUACUGCUGCUAGCACAGCCGUUGCAAACCCUCUUCACCUCCUGGCUGCCCACGCCUCGGCCUCGGCGUCCCUCCCUACCAAGAGGCAGAACGGAGAACUGCAAGACCAACCCGAGUCAAAGAGGGUGAAAACGGAGGAGGAAGAGGAGGGCGACGCCGCAGCAGCAGCCACCAACAACAACGGCACCACGGACCGAGCCGGAGAAGCAGGGGUCAGUGAACAGAUCGGUGACAAGUAGCCUCCCCUCGGUCUGCACCCUGACCCCUGCUCUCCAGUACGCAUUGAGCCUCACCCCUUCCACACUGUCAACCCCCCAAUCCUACCUGGUUAUCAACUACUCCAAGGUGCCAAAAAGAGAAGAGAUGUGGAAACACCUGCAGGACUACAGAAUGUUCAAAACCUCCUCCUCUACCCCCAAUCCUCUUCCAUAUAUUUAAGACCACGAAAUACGAUGCAAAAACUAAGACCAAAUUGAAAAUAGAAUCAAAGAGUUGCUGACUGUGAAUCCCGAAGUUUGAGACCCAGAUGGCAAGAAGAACACAGGAAGAAAAAACGAUUUAAAAAAAAUCCAGAUUUCCAGAUCAGAAAUGACUUAUUGGACAAGCGAGGGGUUCUGAAACUCCCCAAAGACGGAAAGGAGCCUCAUCCUGGUAGCAUUACAGACAAGAGCUUAACUGUGUGUCGGAUAGAAAAAGCAACCAAGUGAAAUCACCAGUAGUGUAUUCCGCAAAGGGAAGUGUGUAUGUACGUGUGGACAUUCCCAUCUUCGGCAGCUAGCCUCCAUGUCGACCUACCUAACCCAGUUGUGAGUAGAUAUGCAGUAUUCUGUUGUACAAGUGUAUCUUUGGAUCUUUUUUGAGUGUUUCUCCGUUUCCCAAGGCACAGAUACUAUCUAGUAAUAAUUAAGAUAACUGAAAGCUAUAAGUGGGGUCUUAAAGAACAUUUAAACACGAUAUUUUGGGAAUCCUUUUUUUUUGUUGUUGUUUUUGUAUGUGGACUCUUUGUUCAGUGAAAUGAAUGUAGUCUCCUCUUUUCCUUUAAAGAAAACACUAUCUAUGGAGUGGAAGUUCUUCUUUUUUUUUCUGCUCAUUCAUGCAAAUGAAAUUUCUUUAUCACUGUACAUCUACAGAUUUUUCAUAUUUUACAAAUAUCCUAUGAGAUACAAGUAUAUUCCCAUGCGUAUUUGACCAUAUGCUUCAUUGAGCUUGCAUGUUACGGAUCUAGAGACAAUGUACUUGAGCAGAUUAUCUGAAUAUGGAACUGAAGAAAAUUUAGACUGAAUCUACACUAUAUGAUUCUGACCAGUGCUGCACUUAACCCUCUUAGUUGUUUUUGUUUUCCUUUUGUAUUUUCAUUUGCUGUUUCUUUUUU